AUGGUGUAUCGCGGCAAACCCAGUGCUUCUUGUGAGCGCUGUCGAUCUCGCCGCAUGAAGUGCGAUCAAGGAUAUCCAUCUUGUACCCAAUGCAUGCGCGCUAAGGUGGAAUGUCCAGGGUAUCGUGACCCACUCGAGCUCAAGUUUCGGGACCAGAAUGAAGAAGUCAUUCGCAAAUCACAAAAUCCGACACGUAAAAAACGUGCAGUAAAUGCCCUCCCCGAAGUCGUUGAAUCAGAUUCCAACAGUGGCGCUGUUAUAACUUCACCACAGGCCAUUCCAGAAUAUCCAGCACAGGAACUUGCAAGGGGCUAUUUAUUUUGCAAUUAUAUGGCCGGAGGCCCUCAUGCGGGCCAUAUGUCGUAUUUGCUACCAUUGAUCCAGAACCCACAAAAUGCGGCUCUCAAUGCGGCUCUCAAUGCCGUUGGCUUGGCAGCUCUGUCAAAUAUUCGAAUGUCUCCUCGGAUGAUGUUGAAGGCACGUCGAGAGUAUACCACUGCUUUGUCGCAAACCAAUCAUGCACUGAGAGACCCAUUUCUGUCUAAGCAAGAUGACACCCUAGCUGCGGUGGUUUUACUCGGAAUGUUUGAACUCGUGACAUGCACUGACAACUCAUUCAUCGACCGCUGGAUGAAACACAUGGAAGGGGCUGCAAGACUGAUUGAGUUCCGAGGCCCAGAUCAGCUCGCUCGACAAGAGGGCCUAGAUCUCUUCAGUCAACUACGUGCCCAAAUUAGUACUAGCAACAUAUAUCGAGAGGAGUAUAGCUCAUCGAGCCUUACAGAGCUGAGUGAACUUGCAAAGCAAUAUCGAAAUACAAAUGAUCAUGUUCUCGACAACCUCGGCCUGAUAGUCAUACGACUAACUAAUUUCUGUGCGGCCCUGAAGGACGCAACCAUAACGGACCCCAGUGAAAUAAUUCGCACCGCUCUGACGCUAGAUGCUGAGCUUAUGGCGAAUUUCAUCAACGUUCCCUCUCCAUGGAAUUAUAAAUCAAUCGACAUCCCGAUGGUUGAUGGGGAGUCAAUACUCCCCAUGGCCUGGGGGACAAGCUAUCAUAUAUAUCACAGCAUCGCCGCAAGCAGCAUGUGGAACAAUUAUCGUUCGUCCCGAAUACUCAUUCAUGAACUCAUCAUCGACACUGUAACAGGCCUUGACUCGUCGGAGACCGAUCAAACAAGCUAUCAACAACGGCAGCAUCUAGCCAGCCAAAGCCGUCAAAUUGCACGUCAACUGAUGGAGGAUAUCUGUGCCAGUGCCCCCUUCCAUCUCGGAGCAGGAUCAGAAGACAGUAUGGAUGAGAGAGUGGCCCCUCGCUCGGGAUCUACAAGCCCAUUGAACUGCUCGGACUGGAGCCACAUACCUGAAGCCACUUCAGCUGCGUCGAAACAAUAUUCGCCCGGCCGAGAACAGCCUUCUACUAGCUGGAAUUCAUCUCCAGGCAGGGAUUCCCCAUUUUCGAAAAUCUCAAACUCUUCAACAGUCAGUUCAAUGGGAGGUUUAUCUCCGGAUCUCUUCAAAAUCAGUGGAGCGGGCGGCCUGACGUUGGUCUGGCCACUUCUCAUUGCUGCAAACUCCGGGCUUGCCUCGCUUGAGCUCCGCAAUUGGAUUACAGGCUGCUUUGACAAAAUUGGGUAUUCAAUGGGAAUUAACCAAGCCUUGGCCAUGGGGAAGCUCUUACGAAAUGGCAGUGGUUCUCGAGCCUGGUUGACACCCGAGCUUGGAUCUCCCAUCUCAGUCUAA